GGUGUCGUCGCGUUUAUUAAAAAGUCCAACGUCCUCAGUGGCCAGAAUAGCAGUGUCAAGCGCGCACUUCCGAAUCAAGACGGUCUGCAACAAGAGGUGAUGGCUAUCCAUCAGAAGGCCUCGAGCGAAGCGGCACGCAUCAAGCGCCAGGGCCAGAGGUUGAUCGGGGAGUACAUUGAACACUUGGUCAAGAAAGGACUUGAAAGCUUGGAUGCCGAGGAUCGGAAGUUUUUGGAUAUUUUCUGUCCGAGAGUCAGUAUGAAGAAUGUCAAGGAUGACGCCGAUGAUACUAUGGAGGAUGACGACGACGAGGACGAGAUUGUUGGCGUUGUGGAGGAGGACGAUGACGAGGAGGAGGAUGGCGAUGAGGACGACACAGAUCUGGAAGGAUCAGGCAAGAAUGACAAGGAGCAGCGGCAGUUCCUUUCGAGCCUUUUAACACACCUGUACUCCGGCAACUUCCCGAAAUCUGUUGGUAUCGGGAUCAAGGCCGAUGCGUUCAUCUCUCGUCUUGAAGGUCUUGAUCUAUACACUCCACCGCGGACUCGGUCAGAGAUAAACAAAACUCUGCCAUUUACUCCCACGAACCUGGUGCGAUCUGUAGUCGGACAGUUGAAAGCCGAGCUAAAAAGGAUGUAUAAGAAGGGAACUUGUGAUCUACACAAGACGGUAAGAGUUGAGGUGCCAUGCCAUCAACGCAGAUGUUUAAGAAUCCUAAUACAUGUAUCGCUAAUUCUUUUAAUUGUAACUGAAGAAGAGGGCGAGCAAGGGGCUGCUGAAGAGAUCCAACGAGGAAAUUCAGAUUCGGGGUGAUAUAUCAGCAGUUGAAAACUACGUCGCGCUGAACAAAUUGACCCAGAACCCCCGAAGGAUUGCGCCCAUGACUACGUCGAAGCAACCCUACAUCGGAUUUACCGA